ACCAUAAAAUUUUCAGAACCAACUAACCAGAUAUCAAAAAAGAAAAAAACGUGUGGACGAAAGAUCAUUUCAAAACAAAAAAAUCUAUAACCACUGAUCAACAAUUUCCAGUAAUUAAUCGCACUCUAAAUAUACAAAAUUUCACCAUCUUCCAUCUUCUUCCUAAUCCUCAUUUCCCAAAAGCACCACCGUGUACGGCGGUCACGGAAAAAUUUUCCGUUAUAUCUCCGCCGUCCACUUCUAUCUGUAUAUUAUUUAUUAAUUUUUCCAAUCAUAUAUACAUAAAAAAAGAAUUCACAUAAUUCUAAAAAUUAAAAUUCACAUAUUUAUUUAUUUAUUUAUUUAUUGUUUGUUUGUUUGUUUGUUUCGAUUAUCUCUAUAUACAAACGAUUUUGUAUAAUUCAAAAUUCAAAGCACUGUGUGAUUUUCUCAUUGCAUGCAUGGCAGUUACUUCUAUCGAUCUGUAUAUAGAGAUAUAAUUAUUCAUAUAUUUAUUCAUUUAUUUAUCUCUAUACAUAAAAAGUUCGUACAAUCAUUAAAAUUCGUAUACAUAUUUAUUCACUUUACAUAUAAGAAAAUCGUAUAAUUCUUAAAUUGGUAUACAUAUUUAUUCAUUUUUUUCGAUUGUCUCUAGAUAUAACAAAGAAAUCUUACAUUAUUAAAUUCAUCCAUUUAUUGAUUUUUAUUUUUUCAUUAUACAGACAAUUUCGUAUAAUUCAAAAUUCAAAAUCUGUGUGAUUUUAUUAUUGCACGCAUGGCAGUUACAUUUCUAAACCGGAAUGUAUCAGAUUUAUGCGUAGGAAAACCUGCGUUAAAGCCAUUAUCAGCAUCAUCCACGUUAACGGAGGGGUUAGCUGUGUUGGAAAAAUCCGGUGAGAGUCAGGUGAGCGUAUGGAGAUGUGAUCAUUAUUCGAAAAGUAUUGAAGUUGAAGAAUGUGAAUGUGAAUGUGAGUGUCUUUGUGUUGGGAAGCUAUGUAUGGUUGAUAUGAUUUGUUAUCUAUGUAAAUGUGACAAUUUGGAUAAUCUGAACAAGGCUUUGGAGACUUGUGUUGAACAGAUUUUGCCUAAAGGGAAUGUUGUUGUGAGGCAUUUGGCUCCUAAUUCCAGCUUGCUAGAGGCAAUAGAUUGCAUUCUUGAUGGCACCCAGAAUCUUGUUAUACCAAUCCAAAAUUACAUAAGCACAAAGUCAAGGAAAACACUGAGUAAACCAUCCUCCUCGAGUUGCAAACAUCGCGAUGGAGUUGAAUACUGCUGGAUAACACAAGAAGACGUUGUUCGCUUCCUUCUGAACUCUGUUGGUGUCUUCUCCCCUAUGCCCAAUUUUUCAGUUGAAUCACUCAAUAUCAUAGAUCGUAACGUCAUGACUAUUCGUUACCAUGACCCUGCAAUCUCUGCCUUAGAUUCCCUUACUCUUGCACACAUUGAGCAAACUUCUGUGGCAGUUGUUGAUGAUCACUACAGAUUAAUCGGUGAAAUCUCCCCCUCCACUCUUGCCUACUGUGACGAGAAUGCAGCAGCAGCAAUCAUGACCCUUUCAGCUGGUGAUCUGAUGGCUUACAUUGACUGUGGCGGUCCUCCAGAGGACUUAUUCGAGCUGGUGAAGAUGAGAUUGCAAGAGAAAAAGCUUGGCGCAGUAUUGGAACUAAUGGAUCGAGAGUUCUCCUUUAUUUCGUCAUCAUCAUCUUCAGCUUCUAGUUAUUCUUCUGAUGACGAGUUAGGGGUUUGCAGAAAUAAUGGUUCAGGACGAUAUUCUUCAGCUAGAAGGGCAGAGGCGAUCACGUGUUACCCAAGCAGUUCAUUGGUGGCUGUGAUGAUUCAAGCACUUGCACAUCGUGCAAGUUCCGUUUGGGUCAUGGAUGAGGAUUACACUUUGAUCGGAUGUGUGACGUUUAAAGGGAUCUUGAAAGUUUUUCGGAGUUUUGCAAAUGCAAGGUCGAAACCCGAUGAGGACAAUUCAGUGAAGCAAUAAAUUUUCCCUUAUCAAAGGUCGUUUUGUCUAUUCAUUAUUUCCACAAUGUGCUUCCAAAAUCUACAUAGGCGGAGCUACUUAGGAAGUAUGCGUUCAAUAGAACGCAACAAUUUUGAUUUGAACUUUGUAUAUUUAUCGACAAGUAACUUUGUUUGGAUGGUGGUUACCCAUACUAUAGUAUCAUAUUGUUACUCACAUUGUUUAGAUGGUGGUUACCCAUGGUAUAGUAAGUUAUUGUUUCUAAAAGCAACAUGUGUGUUUUGAUUAUUUCUUAAAAUAAAUGGUAUGGUAUAUCAGGUAACCAUGAACCACCUCACUUUAUGUAACCAUAGAUUUUGUAGUAUCGCGUGUUUCCUUAAUUUUUUUUCUCAUUUUAUUUUUAUUUAUUAUUUAAUAAUCCUAUUUUAUCC